UUCUAAAAAAAGAGGAAAGAGAGAGAAAAAUAAUUGUACAACUGGAAGAGUGAAUCGUCUUUGCCCAAUUUUUUAUUGGAUAACUGAUUAGCUAGCAGUAGUCACCUGGACAGUCUAUCCUUGAGUAGGCUGAGUAGCGGGACAAAAAAAAUCUUAAUUGUUUAUGAAUUCUCUGGAAAAUCUUUGUGAGCUAAACUGACUCUGCAUGAUGAGCUGUUUCUCUAUAAUGUCUGCCAGUGCCUUUCCAUUAGUAUCUCAUUCUUAGCUGCCAUAGGUCUGUACUACUUCCCUCACUAGAAAUCUCAAUAUACCUGCUGCUUUUCUCUAAAUCCUUUUCCCCUAAGUUCUUACUUCUUACUGGAUCCUCUUCUGAGCCCUUAUUUGAAAGUGAUCAUAAUCUGGGGUGCUCUGUAGUGCAGUUUAUAUUACAGAGUUACAAUCAUAAUAAUUUUCUAGUAUAAAUUUAAGACAGUAAACAAAAGUAUGUAAACUUUUAGUUUUCCUUCCUUUGGGGAUCUUUCUAAUGAUUAACACCAGUAUUUUCAAACUCCCAACAAGCUAACAAAAUAGCAGAUAGUACUGACAUCACUCUAAUGAACUGUAUGAGCUAACUGACUUGAAUAGACAGUAACUUUUCCUUACUUAAGUAAAUAUUUUAAUAUUGAAAUAUCUUAAUUAAGACAAUUAAUAGCUUCAGGGUCUGAAAACAAUUAUUUUCUGCCCUGUAGUGAAUUAUCACAGGAGCAAAUUUUGGCAAAUAUUUGCUGGCUUCAUGCCCACAGGCAUUAUGACGCAGGAACGUUUUUUUAGAUUAAGAUUAUAAUUUGAGGAUAAGCAACAUAUAACAUGCAUAACUUUAGAAAUUAAAACCCCCUGAAAUGACAUUUCUUCCUAUAAUGCUUAAAGGCUAAAUUUGCACACUUGCUCCUGUGUGACUCACCUCUAAGUAAGGAAAAUACAACAUUUUCCCACUUACAUUAGUUAAAAGUGAAGAGGGAAUACUGUCCAGUUGCUUUGCAGGUGUUUGCCAAAGUAUUGUAUAUAAACUUUAAAAUCUGUAAGAAAUUGAAAUUAUCUUUUAUUGUAUGUCUUGUUAGGAUGAGAGAAGUUUUCCUUUUAGUUGCUUGUAAUUUUUUAAAUGAUCACACUUAACACAGCAAUACUUCGCUUUUCUUAAUAAUCAAACUCUAUUCAUCUCAAUUUUUGGUAAUAGCCAUGAAUCUGUACAUUAAAAAAGGAAGGCCUGUGAAUUGCUGAAUCUACUUGAUUAUACACGAGAAUCCCUAUGAGCUGAGUUGAACAGACAGUAACUAACCUCUUACCUUUCAAGCAAAUAUUUUAACAAUAGCUUAGGUGCCUUAGAAAUUCAUUCAGGGUAUUAGAAAUCCCAUUAACACACUUCUCACAUGCUUGAGUUUGGUCUGCAUCCAUUUAUGCAAACUGAACGUUUACCAGACUGACGAAAUUAAAAACAUUUUGUAACACAAAGACAAAAGAAUACUCUUGACUGACGAGCGUAAUCCCAAGUCGCAGUUCUCGCGCGAAAUUAAGGCGCUGCUGUCCUGACGUCACCGGUUGCCAUGGCAGCAUCAUCCCAGGGAGGAAAAGAAGGGUGGUGCGAGGGGCGGAGCACGGCUUCUGCAGAGGACCAGGAUCGCUCUCCCAUCCCGCAAGUCAGACUUCCACCAAAAUGAGCAUCCGGGAUGGGGACACCCACCAUCCUGUCGCUAAAACCUGCGGCCUUGCUACUCCCGACGAUGCUCCAGGACAUCCGGACCUGAACCAGGACCAGAGCGAGGAAACCGAGGCGACACAGGUGAUGGCGAGCACAGGUGAGGGCAGUUUGGAGACUGCCGCGGAGGGAGGCGCGUCUCGGGCCCACUGGGGCUGUGGCCCUGUGCUCCGCAUUCGAGUUGCUGGGAGUCGCAGCCGUGCAACGACUAAGACGGGCCAGAAAGAGGCUCCGCCACCCGCGGAGGGCGUGGAAGCAGCCUCUGCCUCCGCCCCGGCGGCGACAGACAAUAGCCAGGAAAAUGGCUGUCAGCGUCGAGAGCCGCGCGACCCUGCGGAGGAGAAGGCGCUAGAAGCCUGUGGCGCAGGGGGCUUGGGGCCUCGGAUGAUGUCUGGGGCAAAGGCCAAGGAAGUGACGACAAAAAAGUGCGCCGCCUCAGCGACAGCGGAAAAGGAGGGAGUAGCCGAGGAGGUGGUGGAGGACAAGAUGAUGCAGAAGGAGAAAAAGGGGGUAGGAGGAGUGAAGGAGGAGACACGCGCCAGGGGCCCGAAGAUCAAUAACUGCAUGGACUCGCUCGAGGCCAUCGAUCAGGAGCUGUCCAACGUAAAUGCCCAGGCAGACAGGGCCUUCCUUCAGCUGGAGCGCAAGUUCGGCCGGAUGCGAAGGCUCCACAUGCAGCGCAGAAGUUUCAUUAUCCAGAAUAUCCCGGGCUUCUGGGUCACUGCUUUUCGGAACCAUCCCCAGCUGUCACCCAUGAUCAGUGGCCAAGAUGAAGACAUGAUGAGGUACAUGAUCAACUUGGAAGUUGAGGAGCUUAAGCACCCUAGAGCAGGCUGCAAGUUCAGGUUCAUCUUUCAGAGCAACCCCUACUUCCGAAAUGAGGGGCUGGUCAAGGAAUAUGAGCGCAGAUCCUCCGGCCGGGUGGUGUCCCUUUCCACUCCAGUCCGCUGGCACCGGGGCCAAGACCCUCAGUCCCAUAUCCACAGGAACCGGGAAGGGAACACUAUCCCCAGUUUCUUCAACUGGUUCUCAGACCACAGCCUCCUAGAAUUCGACAGGAUUGCUGAGAUCAUCAAAGCGGAACUGUGGCCCAACCCCUUACAAUAUUACCUGAUGGGUGAAGGGCCUCGCAGAGGAAUUCGAGACCCAGCAAGGCAGCCAUUGGAGAGCCCCAGGUCCUUCCGGUUCCAGUCUGGCUAACUCCUGACCUGUGAGAAGCUACCGCACAAGUUUCCUUACCACCUCCUCUUGGAUUCUGUGCUUAGCCAACAGCAUGCGAUCUUCCAUUUGCUUUCUCUUCACACUGGAUUAUUUUGUUCUUCGGUUCUUCUAAAUCUUCCGUCAGUUUCAAGAUUGUUGCUUACAUGCCUAUGCUCUUCUUCCUCUGGGCCUUGGUGCUGUUCUGCAAAGCGUUCUGUGUUCCAAGUGCAUGGCCGUCCACUGCUUCUAUGCCAAGCACAUGAUGCCAUAGAUGUGCACUGACUUCCUUUGCAUGCCUUGGGCUCUGUCUGUGACUAUGGUCUUUUCCCAGUUUUUUAAGUGGUUAUCUUCCACAAGGAAGCUUAAUAUAUAUAUAUAUAUUUGCAAUAACUUCCCGGGCUUCAUAACUAUGCUGGCUUUGCUCCUGAUACCCUGUACUCUAUGGUGAGCUCUCCGAGUGUCACUGCUGUAAGAUGAAGCUGAUAUGGAUGAUGCCAGCCAUCAACCCAAACUGGACUUUCUGGGCUACCACUAACUGAUUCCCAGCUGCUUUCCUGGGCCUGUGCCAUCCAGCCUGCAGGUUAUUUGCCAGAAUAAGCAGGUGGCUGAUGGGUGGCUACUAGGCAUGAAUGAGGUAACAGAUGAGGUGUGUUCUGCUGAUCCUCGUAAUGUCCUUGGUCACUCUGCAUCGUGACCAGGUACUGGUGAGUAUGAAAGCCUGUGCUGUGGCCCACCCAAACCUAUUCUCAGCCUUUCAGAUGAGCUUUGCAUGGUCACCAUGGCCUGCCUCCUCAGGAACUGUCGGUGGAUCUAAGCCCCCAGGCAGCACACAGGAACUGCUCCCUUCCCAAAUGGUUACCCAUAAACCCAAUGGGCUGUUGGGAAGAUUGGGCAGUCAUGUGUGAGUGCCCAAAGCAAGGCUGGAAUGGGGUUCCUUCCAACAGUUAGCCUUUCUGAGUCCUAGACAAUAAACCACCUGGGGGCACCGAGGAAGAUGUAUUUCUGGUCUCUUUCCCUGUCCCUGUCCCUGUCCCUCCUUGCCCCCUUUUCCCUUUUCCUCUCCCUCCCCUGCUCCCAUCCUCUCUCUUAAGUAGUUACAGAAACAAACAAAAGGUGGGACAGUGCUGUCAGGGCUGUCUUACUUAGGGAGGGGUGUGGUGGUGGUGGUGACAUCCACACUUAUCCUUUCUCCUUUCCUUCUGAAGGCACUGCCCUAAGCUCCCUGAGGGCUUAGGAGGUCUAGUUACUAAGCAGUGGGGAGGGUGCUCUCGGCUGGAGAAACUGAAAGCCCAGAUACAGAAAUGAGCCUGCUGUGGGGCGGGUUUGGAAAGGCAGUCAAGGAAGACUGGAUCCCUGCAGGGUCAGGGGUGGGAGUGGAGGCCUGAUGCUCUUCCCAGGAGGUGCGAAGAAUCAAAGUGGUUAAUGUUGAAAGAGGAUGCUUGAAGGAGAGUUUUCCUCCAAUUUUUCCUGUAUCCUUGAAUUCACCAGUAGAUUUUUAUACACACAAAUCCAAGUCUAGAUGUUUUCUCUCUAUUAUUCUAGGAAUGACCUUAUAUGUGGAAGAUUAAUGGUAUAUGCUUAUUUCACUGUGAAUAAAAUCCUAUUAAUUCAUUUUUGCUUGCUGGCAGAAUUGACAUUUAUAGGCCUGCUUUUUGCUUGUAAUUGAGAACAUGUGCAAAAAAUAUCAAACUUGUUUCCUGUGCAGUAUGAAGACUUUAAUAAUAUAUCAGCUUGUUCUGGUCUCUUCAUAUAUAGCUCUAUUCUUAGAAAUAUAAUUUGAAUAAUGUGAUCUUUGAAGAGUCAAAUUUUGCAAAUUGUCACUGUCUUGUGAAAGUAUCUCAAGAAGAAAAACAGAACUCUGUCUUACUUGGUAUUUCUUGCCCUAUAGUAAUGUGGUACUUGGUAUUUUGUGUUCCUAACCCAUGUAAGUACUUGUAGAAUUGCUCUGUCAAACUAAACAAGGAUCGUCAGUACUUUUGUCUUCUAUGUGCUUGAAGAAAAAAUAAAAUCUGUCACUCUGCUGUAUUUGUUUUCAUUAAAAAAUAAAAAUUAAUAAAGUUC